UAUAAAUUCAAUAAAGAAACAUUUUCUAGUAUCGAUGAUAAUCACAUUGGAAAUUCUCGAGAUAUUAGUUUUGAGAAAAUGGUUUUGCAACAAACCAAUGGUGCAGGUGUAGACAUUGUUCUAAAUUCUUUAGCGGAAGAUAAACUUCAAGCGAGUCUACGUUGUUUAGCCUAUAGAGGUAGAUUUUUAGAAAUUGGAAAAUUUGAUUUAGCCGCAAAUAAUGAAUUAAGCACCAAAAUCUUUAUGAAGGGUAUUAGUUUUCAUGGUGUGAUGUUAGAUAAGGUUAUUAACACAAAUGACGAAAUUAAAAACGAAAUUAGUUCAAUAUUCAACAAACUUAUUAAAGAGAAUGCUAUCAAACCGAUUAUUAGGACAGUUUUCGGCAAAGAUCAAAUAGAGACAGCACUUAGAUUUAUGGCAGCUGGAAAGCAUAUGGGAAAAGUACUCAUAAAGAUCCGUCAAGAGAAUGAACCACUAAAUACACCCAUUUUGGCUGAACCUUUUUAUACAUGUAUUCCGAAUAAAAGUUAUAUAGUUCUUGGUGGAUUGGGAGGUUUUGGUUUGGAAUUAAUCAAUUGGUUGGUUCAUCGAAAUGCUCAAAAUAUUGUCAUUAUUUCGCGGAACGGCAUAAAGAAUGGUUAUCAAUCCAUGAGAAUCAAAAUAUGGGAAUCAAACGGCGUGAAUAUCAAGAUUCUGGUUGGUCUCGAUGCGGCUAAACAAGAAGAUUGCGAGCUUAUCGUGAAAAAAGCGAUAGAUCAAGGUCCAGUUGAUGGUAUAUUCAAUCUUGCAGUUUCUCUGAAAGAUAAUAUUUGUAGAAACCAAACGCUGCAAACUUUUAAAGAAUCUUUCAAAGGUAAAGCAUGGGCUUCGAAAUGUUUGGACGAGGUGACCAGAAAACUUUGUCCAGAUCUUCGACACUUCGUAGUUUUUUCUUCUGUCUCGUGCGGAAGAGGAAAUGCCGGACAAACAAAUUAUGGUAUGGCUAAUUCCAUUAUGGAAAGAAUAUAUGAGAAAAGAGUAGGUUUGUCUAGAUUAGCUAUACAAUAGGGAGUGAUUGGAGAU